AGUUAUGAUCUCUUAAAACUUCUACCGAUCUUAUCGAUCCUGCUCAUCCCGAUUCUACUAUAAAAAACGAUCUAUCUAUGAUCAAUUUGGUGUUCCUGAUUAUAGAAUCGAUUUAUCGGGGAUGACGAUUUUGCAAACAUAGGCAUGAGCGUAGUAGAUCAUCUAGAAACACGUUCUUGAUUAAAAAAAAUGACUUAUGCCUUUGCUAACAAUAUUUUUGCCUCGUGCGUCUACCUCUACAAGCCGACCUGCCAAAUAAUUUUGGGACAAAUUGGUUGGCACAUGCAAUCAAUCAAACAAGAAAGUGUAAUACUAGCCAUAGCCAUAUACACACAGACUCGAUGGCCGUGUACUUACGUGAAAUAAUCAAGUGUGUUUGUUAUCACCUGAUCUUGCCCCAUAUAUCAACGCAUACCAGUGGACACCCCGAAAGCGCUGUUCCUCCGAACUCCCCAUCAUCUCCUUGGUCUCUCUUUCUAGAACGCCUUUUCUCGUUUCUGUGGCUAGCUACUCUCCGGCUGCUGUCGUUGAUUGCCAUUGCCGUUCUUGUCGUAGUUGUUGCGGAAGUUGUUGUGGCACCGGAGCAGCUGUAGAUGAUUACGAUGGGAUCUUAUUCUUCCUCAUGCCCCUAAUUAUGCUGGUAGUUUCGUUUGUGCUUUUCGUGGAGAUUAUAAGGUCAGCUGUCAUGCCUUUCAGAUGUUGCCACACUUUCUUGAGCUUGCCCUGCUGCGCGCACUUGCACGUGCGCGAUCGUUGUAUGCACAGGUUGGGCAGGGGCGGUGGGUGGCUUGGCUUCUUCUUUGUAAACUAACCCCCACCUCCAACCACAAAGUAAACCAGCUAUACUAGUGACCAAGACAUGGAGUAUUGCUAAUUCAUUGUGGCAAAAGGCGAAUAUGUUUGUAUAGAGUCCCCGUCCCAAGAUCAACACGGAGGAGGUAAAUCACGGACGACUACUAGCCUUUGGAAUAGUGACUAGCACAUAAGGGAGGUAUUUACCUCGACUUUGUCGAGAUUCGAACCCCAGACCUCAUUGUGACAACACCUCAUGUGUUAGUCACUAGAUCCAUCCGAGAGGACGAGUAUUGCUAAUUCAUGCUCAUAUAUAUGUAUGCACUCUCCUGUGCAGCUGUGCUCCGCCAGUCCUAACAAAAUUUAAUUAGUUGCUGAAGAUGAGCAUCACAGUGAACGGGCAGUCGUGGGUGCCGCCGGGCUUCCGCUUCCAUCCCACAGAGGAAGAGCUCCUGAAUUACUACUUGAGAAAGAAGGUGGCGUGCGAGAAGAUCGACCCCGAUGUCAUCUGCGACGUCGACCUCAACAAGCUCGAGCCAUGGGACAUUCAAGAGGAAUGCAAGAUCGGAACAACGCCGCAGAACGACUGGUACUUCUUCAGCCACAAGGACAAGAAGUACCCGACCGGGACGCGAACCAACCGAGCCACGGCGGCCGGGUUUUGGAAGGCCACCGGCCGCGACAAGGUCAUCUACGCGGGCGUCGGACAGAUCGGGAUGAGGAAGACGUUGGUGUUCUACAGAGGCCGCGCUCCCCGCGGCCAGAAGUCCGAAUGGAUCAUGCAUGAAUACAGACUCGACGAUGACUUAAUCAACGCGACUACUGGAUUGGCUGGAGAAGUGUCGGCAAAUCAAGAAGACUGUUGGGUAGUAUGCAGGGUGUUCAAGAAGACGAACGUCGUCGCCAGCAGCAGCUGCCAGCAGAAGAGCUUCGACGUCGUGAACUGCGACGGCGGACUGCGCCGGAUACUCCACUACAUGGACAGGUCCUGCAUGGAAGAGUCGACGUCGACGGCGAGCGAAGUCACGAAGCUUCCGGCCGCGCUGCAGAGUCCGACUCCCCUUCCGUGGCUGAUACCCGACGACGACUGCGCCGGGCAUGAAAUAGUUCAAGCGGAGGAGCCUGCGGCCGGCAUCAAAAGCUACGGCGGAGUCGCCGGCGGAUCAUGGUCCGCUCUCGACCGGUUUCUUUAUACGUCGUCGGAGAUGGAUCACGCUAACCAAAUCCCCUCAUUUGAGGGCGCAGCGGGUUUGAGUGGAGUUCUGCGCUCGCCUCCUCCGAGCUUCUUCGCCGUGGACUACGACCAGCUUCACAUUAAUGGCGAUGCGUCCCUUCAAAAUUAAGCGAUCGUAGCAUCAAUCGCUCGUCAGAGUCCGCAUUUUGUUAGUUGGGCUGGCGUUACGUUGUUAGAGAGCUUUAAUCGUACAGCGCUUGUUACCC